UUUAAAAUUUAUUAAAUUAAAUAUUAGAUGUUGCUAGAUAAUGAGUGCGUAAGCGCAUAACAAAAUUUACAUCUAACUAAAUUUUUUUUAAUAUAAAAGUAAUUGUGGUUUUCUAUAUUUAAUAGGUUUAUUCGUUGAUAACCUUACUUUUGUGAUUUUGACAUUCAAACAAAACAUUCGAUAAACAUGGCAAACGAUAGAGAAGUUUUGAGAGAAGUAUGGGAAGGAAAACUACCAAUUGCCUUUAAACUGGAUCCAGAUGAAGUAGUAGAUAUCCAGCAUCCCGAUCCGUUUUAUUUAAUGGUACCCAGAUUGAGUUAUUUCCCUUUAGUCACUGACAAAGUUCGUAAACAUUUCGCCAAAUAUGUUGCAAACGAUAAACAGGACCAGGAAAUGUGGCUAGAAUUCAACGGCCAACCCUUAAAAUGGCAAUACCCUAUCGGUGUUUUGUCGGAUUUGAUGCUAGGUGAUGAUCAUCUACCCUGGAUGAUAACAGUCAGAUUCGAUAAGUUUCCAGAAUCACAAAUUUAUAAAUUCAGCAACAAAGAAACAGUUGAAUCAUACUUCAUGGCAUGUCUAAAAGAAGCUGAUGUAUUGAAGCACAGGGGCCAAAUUGCCAGUAACAUGCAGAAAAAGGAUCACAAUCAACUCUGGUUGGGUUUGCAAAAUGAUAAAUUUGAUCAAUUCUGGGCUGUAAACAGGAAACUGAUGGAAGUUCCUGCAGAUUGUGAACACUUCAAGUACAUUCCGUUUAGGUGUUAUGUUGAUGAUGGGUACAAACAGAAACUGAUAAAACCAGUUGCUGAUGAUGGAAGGAGGAAAACAUUACAGGAUUUACUUAAUGAAUUGUUUCCAGGGAGAAAUAAUGUGAGUGUUAAAACACAUGGCAUGAAUCCUCCAUUGGAAACACCCUUACAAUGGAUGUCAGAACAUUUGAGUUAUCCAGAUAAUUUUCUGCAUUUCAUUGUACAAUUUUGAAUACUCAAAAAAGCUCAUAUUAAUUUUUCAUUUGAUUCUGAGCACACCAUUUACAAUUAGACUAUAUGAGACAGAGUUGGCUGGAAAAGAGACCUGCUGAAAGGAAAAUAAAAAAAUACAUUUUAACUUUUCAUAAGUGUGUAAAAAACAGCUAAAUUAAAAUAUGAUUUGUCUUAUUCUUCUAUACCAGUGUUAAGAUUAUUUAAGGCUUUGACAAAGAUGAAUAUACUAUGUGUAACAUGCAUUUAUUGUUAUGUUUAACCCAUCGAUUUUUUAUUUAUCUAAUUAAAAUGGGAAUCGUAAAUGUGAUUUUUGUAUUGAAUCUAUUUUAAAAUAAAUUAUUUAAGUAAAA